AUGGCUUUUGAGAAUUCCCAGGUGCCAAGUACUGAGAAUUACUUUCCAAUCUGUUCUGCAGCCUCGCAGCACAGUACGCUGUAUGGUGCCCUUUGGGAUCAUAAAGCAAGGCCUGUCAUGGAGCUCUCUGCCAAAAAUGCUCCCGAGUCACUUCCCAUGAGAAAUGAUUCCAGGUGCCCACCAAACUCCUGCCAAAAGAACUCCACAUGCAUUACUGGUCACAGAGACGAUAUUUGCCGUUGUGCGGACAUGUCACUUGAGGAACGCUUGGAGGAACUCUGCAAUAACACCUCCAAUCCUUGCUCCUCAAGCCCUUGUCUUCAAAAUGCUACCUGUUCAAGUUCUGCUGGAAACCUCAAUUUCACUUGCGAGUGCCCGGAUGGGUACAAUGGGACCACUUGUGAAAUAGCCAUCAGUAUGUGUGACAGCAACCCCUGCGAACACGGAGGCACGUGCCUCGAUGGCCUGGCCAGGCCCACCUGCCUCUGUCGCACAGGAUUCACAGGUACACGCUGUGAAAUGGAUGUUGAUGAGUGCAGCUCGGAACCCUGCCACAACGGAGCGGUGUGCAGGGAUGGGAUUGAUGAAUACUCCUGCUACUGUGUCCCAGGCUACCAAGGCAAGCACUGUGACCUGGAGGUGAAUGAAUGCGUGUCAGACCCAUGCCUGAAUGGGGCAACGUGUCUUAACCUUAUAGGGAGGUAUUACUGCAUCUGUCCACUUGGGUACACAGGCGCCAACUGCGAGCUGGAUGUGGACGAGUGCCAGUCGCUGCCGUGCCAGAACGGCGCCACCUGCCGCGACGCUCCGGCCGCCUUCUCCUGCUCGUGCCCGCCCGGUUUCCGCGGCGCCCUCUGCCAGACGGACGUGGACGAGUGCGCCAGCAGCCCCUGCCUGCACGGAGCGCGCUGCGCCGACCUGCCCGGGGGGUACAGCUGCAACUGCACUGGCACCGGGUUCAUGGGCCUGCACUGUGAGACCCAUGUACCCCCGUGCUGGUCACAGCCGUGCUACAACAAUGCCACAUGUGAGGACAGUGCUGAUGGAGUCAUCUGUCACUGCUGGCCAGGCUACACCGGCUCCCACUGCGAGACCGACAUCAGCGAGUGCAGCAGCGCGCCGUGCACCUCGGGCCGCUGCCUGGAGCGCUCCUGGGCGGCCCGCUACGGCCACGACCCCGAGCUGCCGCCGCCCUUCCGCCACGACCGCGCCGAGGGCUACGUGUGCGUCUGCCCGCCGGGCGUCCGCGGUAUUCACUGUGAUGAAGACAUCAAUGAAUGUCACAUGAACCCUUGCCAAAAUGGUGGCAUCUGUGAGAACUUUCCUGGGAAUUACACUUGCCAUUGCCCACCUGCAGACAAAGAAGGGAUUUUUUACGGCGGCUGGAACUGCACAGAAAUCCUCCAUGGCUGUACUGAUCAACAAUGCCAAAAUAAUGGAAUAUGUAUCCCGCAUUUAAAAAAUGGCCAUCAUGGAUUCAGCUGCAUAUGCUCACCUGGAUAUACUGGAAUACACUGUGAAACUGUAACUACAUUUUCUUUUCAAGGAAAUGGUUUCCUUUGGUUGAAGAAUCCCACAACCACUAAAGAGGAAUUUUCCUAUAAUAUAAACCUGAGGUUUCAGACUGUGCAACCGUCAGCCUUUCUAUUUUAUCGAGGAGAGAAAGACACAUUUGUGAAGCUGGAGUUACUGAAUGGCUACUUACAUUUGUCCGUGCAAGUCAAAAACCAGCCACGGGCUCUUUUGCAUAUUUCACAUAAUGUCAGUGAUGGAGAAUGGCAUUCAGUGGAGGUAACCUUGGCAAGAGCUGUUACUCUUAAUUUACUUGACAGCUCUUGUGCAGAAUCAUGUGUCAAUAAAACUUCUGCUAUGAUAGAUAAUGAUCACGUGAGGCUUGCAUUUCAGAGCACAUUUUUGGGCAGCUUACCAGUGGGGAACAUUAGCAGCAGCUCUCAGCUUAACAUCAGUAAUAUACAUUCUACACCUUCAUUUGUAGGCUGUCUUCAGGAUAUUGAAAUAGACUUGAAUGUUAUUACUCCAGAGAAUGCAUCACCUGAAUCCUCUUUAAACGUCGAGACAGGAUGCAGGAAGAAGGACUGGUGUGAAAACCACCCCUGCCAGAACAGGGGCCGCUGUUCCAACCUGUGGCUGAGUUACCACUGUGACUGCUACCGGCCAUACGCGGGGCCGAGCUGCAGAGCAGAGUAUAUUCCAGGUCGAUUUGGAUCUGAGGACUCCUCAGGCUAUGCUGCUUUUUCUGUUGAUGCUACUGAGAAUGAAAAUCUGAAUAUAUCCAUGUUUGUCCGAACUCGCAAAUCUUCUGGCUUGUUACUGGCUUUGAGAAACAGUACCUGUCUCUAUGUAAGAGUCUACUUGGAAGAUGGGAAACUCACGAUGUUAGCUCCAAAUUCCAUGAAGCUAUUAGGGAAACAUCCUAUAAAUGAUGGAAAUUUCUACCUAAUAACAUUAAAAAUAGAACCAAAUAUGUUGGAAUUAUUCCAAUCCUCUCAAUACUUAGGCUUUAUUUCUACUCCACUACUAACCACCCAAAGUAAGGACUUUCUUUACAUCGGAGGCCUACCAGAUAACAGAGAAACUGAUAGAAAUGGUGGGUAUUUCAAAGGCUGCAUCCAGGAUGUAAGAGCGAAUAACCAGCCGCUGGAAUUCUUCCCCCUCACCAAUUCACUGAAUUCUUUUAUCAACCGAACCCUGAUCAACGUCACCCAAGGCUGCAGUGGUGACAAUCUCUGCAAGUCCAGUCCUUGCCACAACGGUGGUGUAUGCUAUUCAAUCUGGGAUGACUUCACUUGCACAUGUCCCCCUAACACUGCAGGAAAAGCUUGUGAGGAAGUUAAGUGGUGUGAGCUUGGGCCCUGCCCUCAUGAAGCACAAUGCAAGCUGGUGCACCAAGGAUUUGAAUGUCUCACUAAUGCAGUGUUUAGCGGCCGAAGCAGCGCUAUAUUUUACAGAAGCAACGGGAAAAUCAGCAGAAGCCUCACCAAUAUCGUGUUUGGCUUUCGAACUAGGGACACAAAUGUGAUACUGCUAUAUGCGGAGAAGGAGCCUGAAUUUGUUAUCAUCAGCAUUCACAACUCCAAACUGGUCUUCCAACUGCAAAGUGGCAACAACUUUUACAUGUUGACUCUCACUAGCUCACUGACUGUGAGUGAUGGGAAGUGGCACCAAGUGAUGGUCUCCAUGCUGGAGCCCCUGUCUCAGUUCUCGAGGUGGCACAUGAGUCUUGACAACAAGGACACUGCAACCAGUACAGCUGCUACAGGAAGUCUCAAUUUUCUACAAGAAGAGGCAGAUAUCCAUGUGGCUGACAAGGCUUUUGACAAUUUGGAUGGCCUGCGAGGAUGCAUGAGCACCAUAGAGAUUAGUGGAAUUUAUCUCUCCUACUUUGAAAAUGCUGAUGUCCUGACUAAAAAACCUCAAGAGGAACAAUUUCUCAAAAUAUCUGCAAAUCCUGUUCUUACAGGCUGCUUGCAGGAGGAUGCCUGCAGCUCAGAGCCCUGUAUACACGGGGGGACGUGUGAAGACUUGUACACCUCCUAUCGCUGCAUGUGUCCCCCAGGGUGGGCAGGCACCCAUUGCGAGACCAACAUCGACGAGUGCUUCUCCAACCCCUGCAUUCAUGGAAACUGCACGGAUGGGAUCAGCUCUUAUGAGUGUGUCUGUGAACCCGGCUACACAGGGUUGAACUGUGAAGAGGACAUAGACUACUGCCGUGGCCACCAGUGUGCAAAUGGGGCCACCUGCAUAGAUGGGAUUAAUGGAUAUUCAUGUCUGUGUGCUGGUAACUUUACUGGAAAGCUUUGCAGGUAUCGAAGAUUACCCUAUACAGUUUGUGGGAAUGAAGACAGAAAUCUCACCUGUUACAAUUAUGGCAACUGUACUGAUCUUGGAGGCAAGCUGGCCUGCAUGUGCCUGCCAGGAUUUGUUGGAGAACGGUGUGAAAAGGACAUUGAUGAGUGCAGCUCUGAUCCAUGCCUGAAUGGAGGCCUCUGCCAAAACCUGCUCAACAAAUUCCACUGCCUCUGCGACGUGAACUAUGCUGGGGACCGCUGUGAGAUCGAUUUGACAACUGACUUGAUCUCCAACAUAUUCACCUCCCUUGGCUCAGUAACGCUGGCUUUAUUGAUCCUCUUCUUGGCAGUUGUGGUUUCAGUCAUUGCUGCCAAUAAAAGGUCGACCCAAGGAACCUACAGCCCCAGCCGGCAGGAGAAGGACGGCGCCCGCGUUGAGAUGUGGAGCAUUGUGCAGCCACCGCCAGUAGAGAGACUCAUUUAAGGGAAGGCUCUCCUCCAUCUUGGAAGAUGAAUGGAAGUGGACAAUGUACACAAGAUAGAUAUGUUCAUUUGCAUUCUACUACCAGGAGCACCUGUUGUAAAAACUACAGUGACUUGGAACUUUGAAUAAUUUCCUUUUAAGUUCAAUAACAUUUAAAAUGUUCUAGCAUUUAAGUGAACCAAUGCCAUUUAUCACUAUUUUGGGACAUUUUUUCAAAGGACAAUUUUUAUUUGCACUGGAAACUUCCGCCUUGGUAAUCUGCAGUAGGCAUUACAGACAGUAAUGGCUUCUGUGAUACUCGUAAGUGCCUGUCUCAGACUCAAAAUGAGGAACAGUUUUUUGUUUGUGUUUUGCUUUGCCUGCCUAGCAAUCACUGCUGCAGAAGACAAUGCAGACCCUAAUCAAUAAAGGCAUAAUUUUGUUCUUAAAGGGUUUAUCACCAUAACUGUGUUUCAACAUAUAUGUUGAUCAGGGAUUAAAAGGAAGCUUGCAAAAACUCUCCAAAAUGAGUGUUUCCCAUUUAGUUGGUUUUCUUUCCUUCAAUUCUAUCAU